UUUUCUCCUCUCCUUCCGCCACGUUCGUCGUCGUCUUCACCCGUCGCCCUCGUCAGUUCUGCUCAGACCGAUCGUUCCGAUCGUUCUGCGUACGUGUGACACUCUGACGGCGCCGCGCAUUGUACCGUAUCCGUGCUCCGUUUUGGCGUACAUUCACUUUUUGCGUCGUCCGUGACGUGCCACUCACCGAGUUAGAGUUAACGGACGUGUCGCCUCGCGUCCAAGCCACGUUUUCGCGGGUCAUGUGAAUGCCGGACAUCCGACAGGAAAUCGACCAAGCGAACAUCGCCGAACAAUAUGUCAGUUUUGCCGCGUGCACUCGCCGCAACAACCACUAAUAACGCCUUGGCCGCUCUUCGUCCCGACGGACGCUAAACGGAGUAAUAACAACGAUUACCUCUGCUCUGCCUGUCGACUUCAUCUCGCCAUCACCUUUGCGCUGUCACUAGCCGAAUAGUUAAAAAUGGCAUCCAGUAAUAACACAGAGACAACAACUGAUACUGUAGAAAUUAUCACUCAGUGGGUUGCUCAAGCCCAAUCAAAUCCAAUAUUUUUACAAACAACUGCUGCCCAAGUAAUUGCUGGAUUAUUUGUUUGGACAGCCGUGUUUGUUACAUGUCAACAGAUAUAUCAUCACCUCCAAUGGAAUACGAAUCCGGCCGAACAACGAUGGAUCAUCCGAAUAUUGUUUAUUGUACCCAUUUACGCACUUCAUUCGUGGGUCAGUUUGUUGUUCUUUAACAACGAACACUACUACGUGUAUUUCUUUACAAUUAGAGAUUGCUAUGAAGCUUUUGUGAUUUACAAUUUCAUGAGUCUAUGCUACGAAUAUUUGGGUGGUGAAGGUAAUAUAAUGAGUGAAAUCCGUGGGAAACCCAUUCAGUCUAGCUGGCAAUAUGGAACUUGUUGUUUAACAGGACGUACUUACACAAUUGGAUUCUUACGUUUUUGCAAGCAAGCAACUUUGCAGUUUUGUUUGGUAAAACCGUCAAUGGCUUUUGUUAUUAUUUUCCUACAGUAUUUUGGACACUAUCAUGAUGGUGAUUGGAGCAUGAAUGGAGGGUAUUUAUAUGUAACAGCCAUCUACAAUUUAUCAGUCAGCUUAGCCCUUUAUGGACUGUUUUUAUUCUAUUUCGCUACUAGAGAUCUCCUUAUACCUUAUGAGCCUGUUCUAAAAUUUUGCACCAUAAAAAGUGUAAUUUUCCUAUCAUUCUGGCAAGGUGUAUUACUGGCAGUUUUAGAAAAAGCAAAAUUCAUUGAUCCUGUCAUCGAUGCUAGUGGUCAACCCACAAGUGCUGGUACAGUGUCUGCUGGAUACCAAAACUUUUUAAUCUGUAUUGAAAUGUUAUUUGCUUCAUUGGCACUUAGAGCUGCCUUUCCGUAUGAGAUUUAUGCUAAUAACGCACAAACAGGAACAGGACAUCCCACUAGUUCGCGUACUGUUACCAUGCAAAGUAUUUCCAGUAGUUUAAAGGAAACAAUGAAUCCCAAAGAUAUAAUGACAGAUGCCAUACAUAAUUUUCAUCCACAAUAUCAACAAUAUACACAAUAUAGUUCAGGUGGCCAAAAAAAUUAUGGAUCCAAAAGCAGUGGAGUUAAUGACAACAAUGGAAGAUCAAAGACAGCAAAAAAAUCAACUCCAGUGUAUAAUGAAAAGGCAAUGCUGCUGAGCUCUGAUGAAGAAUUACCUUGAAUUACCAUAAUCUAACAUUAAUGUAUACGUAUAAUAUUCUUUUUGGUUUUAUUUCAUUGCUUUAAACUCGUGUAUAACCGAUAUUCUGAAAUGCCAUAUAGCCUGUAACAAUUGUGCAAUUUUCUAGUCUAAUACCAAUCGCAGUGCAAUAUUUUUGAACCUAAAUUUUUGUUUCUUGUUUUUGUUACUCUAUUUUUAACAUAAAUUUGCAGUAUUUAAGCUUAAAAGAUGAUCAACUAUGACUAAAUAUAUGCACAUCUUGUCCUUAA